CCGCAGGCUCGGCGAGCCCCGCUCCUCUUUUUGUUCCGCGGACCCCAGUAUCAUUGUGCUGACUGGCAGAGACAGGAGAAGUAGAUGUCCACACCCACCGACCCUGGUGCGAUGCCCCACCCAGGGCCCUCGCCAGGGCCCGGACCCUCUCCUGGGCCGAUUCUCGGACCUAGUCCGGGACCUGGACCGUCUCCAGGUUCCGUCCACAGUAUGAUGGGGCCAAGUCCUGGGCCUCCAAGCGUCUCACACCCUAUGCCGACGAUGGCGUCCGCCGACUUCCCGCAGGAAGGCAUGCAUCAGAUGCACAAGCCCAUGGAUGGCAUGCACGACAAGGGCAUUGUAGAAGACAUCCACUGCGGGUCCAUGAAGGGCACUGGCAUGCGACCACCUCACCCUGGGAUGGGCCCGCCCCAGAGUCCGAUGGAUCAACACAGCCAAGGUUAUAUGUCACCGCACCCAUCUCCCCUGGGAGCUGCAGAGCAUAUCUCCAGCCCGAUGUCGUCGGGAGGCGGCCCUACCCCACCCCAGAUGCCACCGAACCAGCCAGGGCCCCUCAUCCCUGGCGAUCCCCAGGCGAUGAACCAGCCCAACAGAGGUCCCUCGCCUUUCAGUCCUGUCCAGCUGCAUCAGCUGCGGGCUCAGAUUUUAGCUUACAAAAUGCUGGCCCGGGGCCAGCACCUCCCCGAAACGCUGCAGCUCGCAGUCCAGGGGAAAAGGACGUUGCCUGGCAUGCAGCAGCAGCAGCAGCCACCGCCGCCGCAGCAGCCGCCGCCCCAGCCGCAGCAGCCGCAGCAGCAGGCCCUUGUUAACUUCAACCGACCAUCUGGCCCCGGGCCGGAUUUGAGCGGCCCGAUGCCUGGGCCCUCGGUGCCGCAGCCCGCUCCCGGGCAGCCCUCGCCUAUCCUGCAGCUGCAGCAGAAGCAGAGCCGGAUCAGCCCCAUUCAGAAACCGCAAGGCCUGGACCCCGUGGAGAUUCUGCAGGAGCGGGAAUAUAGGCUCCAGGCUCGCAUAGCUCACAGGAUACAAGAACUGGAAAACCUGCCUGGCUCUUUGCCACCGGAUUUACGAACCAAAGCAACCGUGGAACUGAAAGCACUUCGGUUACUCAAUUUCCAACGUCAGCUGAGGCAGGAGGUGGUGGCCUGCAUGCGGCGGGACACGACCCUCGAGACGGCCCUGAACUCCAAAGCUUACAAGCGGAGCAAGCGCCAGACCCUGAGGGAAGCCCGCAUGACGGAGAAGCUGGAGAAGCAGCAGAAGAUCGAGCAGGAGCGGAAGCGCCGGCAGAAGCACCAGGAAUACCUGAACAGCAUUUUGCAACAUGCGAAAGAUUUCAAGGAGUACCAUCGUUCUGUGGCCGGGAAGAUCCAGAAGCUUUCCAAAGCGGUGGCAACGUGGCACGCCAACACCGAGAGGGAGCAGAAGAAAGAGACGGAGCGGAUCGAGAAGGAGAGGAUGCGCAGACUGAUGGCUGAAGAUGAAGAGGGCUACCGAAAACUGAUUGAUCAAAAGAAAGACAGGCGCUUAGCUUACCUUUUACAGCAGACCGAUGAGUAUGUGGCCAACCUCACCAACCUGGUCUGGGAGCACAAGCAAGCCCAGGCGGCCAAGGAGAAGAAGAAGAGGAGGAGGAGGAAGAAGAAGGCCGAAGAGAACGCAGAGGGAGGAGAAUCUGCCCUGGGACCAGAUGGAGAGCCGAUAGAUGAGAGCAGUCAGAUGAGUGACCUUCCCGUCAAAGUAACUCACACAGAAACCGGCAAGGUCCUGUUUGGACCGGAAGCACCCAAAGCAAGUCAGCUGGACGCCUGGUUGGAAAUGAAUCCUGGUUACGAAGUCGCCCCCAGGUCCGACAGCGAAGAGAGUGAUUCUGAUUAUGAGGAGGAGGAUGAGGAAGAAGAGUCCAGUCGGCAGGAAAACGAAGAGAAAAUAAUUCUGGAUCCAAACAGUGAGGAAGUUUCCGAGAAGGACGCGAAGCAGAUCAUUGAGACAGCCAAGCAAGACGUGGAUGACGAGUACAGCAUGCAGUGCAGUGCCAGGGGCUCCCAGUCCUACUACACAGUGGCCCACGCCAUCUCCGAGAGGGUGGAGAAGCAGUCUGCCCUCCUCAUCAACGGGACCCUGAAGCACUACCAGCUCCAGGGCCUGGAAUGGAUGGUCUCCCUGUAUAAUAACAAUUUGAACGGAAUCUUAGCUGACGAAAUGGGGCUGGGAAAGACCAUACAGACCAUUGCACUCAUCACUUACCUGAUGGAGCACAAAAGACUCAAUGGCCCCUAUCUCAUCAUCGUGCCCCUUUCGACUCUGUCUAACUGGACAUAUGAAUUUGACAAAUGGGCUCCUUCUGUGGUGAAAAUUUCUUACAAGGGCACCCCUGCCAUGCGUCGCUCCCUUGUCCCCCAGCUACGGAGUGGCAAAUUCAACGUCCUCUUGACAACUUACGAGUACAUUAUAAAAGACAAGCACAUUCUUGCAAAGAUCCGGUGGAAGUACAUGAUCGUGGACGAGGGCCACCGGAUGAAGAACCACCACUGCAAGCUGACUCAGGUCCUCAACACGCACUAUGUGGCCCCCAGGAGGAUCCUGCUGACCGGGACCCCGCUGCAGAACAAGCUCCCGGAGCUCUGGGCGCUCCUCAACUUCCUCCUCCCCACCAUUUUCAAGAGCUGCAGCACCUUCGAACAGUGGUUCAAUGCUCCGUUUGCCAUGACUGGAGAAAGGGUGGACUUGAAUGAAGAAGAAACUAUAUUGAUCAUCCGGCGUCUACAUAAGGUCUUGCGACCAUUUUUACUGAGGAGACUGAAGAAGGAAGUGGAAUCCCAGCUUCCAGAAAAGGUUGAAUAUGUGAUCAAGUGUGACAUGUCAGCUCUGCAGAAGAUCCUGUAUCGCCACAUGCAAGCCAAAGGGAUCCUCCUCACAGAUGGUUCUGAGAAAGAUAAGAAGGGGAAAGGGGGUGCGAAGACACUCAUGAACACUAUCAUGCAGCUGCGAAAAAUCUGCAAUCACCCGUAUAUGUUUCAGCACAUUGAAGAAUCCUUUGCUGAACACCUGGGCUACUCAAAUGGGGUCAUCAAUGGGGCUGAGCUGUAUCGGGCCUCAGGAAAGUUUGAGCUACUUGAUCGUAUUCUGCCAAAAUUGAGAGCGACUAACCACCGCGUGCUGCUUUUCUGCCAGAUGACGUCUCUCAUGACCAUCAUGGAGGAUUACUUUGCUUUUCGGAACUUCCUUUACCUGCGCCUUGAUGGCACCACCAAGUCUGAAGAUCGUGCUGCUUUGCUGAAGAAAUUCAACGAACCUGGGUCCCAGUAUUUCAUUUUCUUGCUGAGCACAAGAGCGGGAGGCCUGGGCUUAAACCUCCAGGCCGCCGACACCGUGGUCAUCUUUGACAGCGACUGGAAUCCUCAUCAGGACCUGCAAGCCCAGGACCGAGCCCACCGCAUCGGCCAGCAGAACGAGGUGCGGGUGCUGAGACUCUGCACCGUGAACAGCGUGGAGGAAAAGAUCCUGGCUGCCGCCAAGUACAAGCUCAACGUGGAUCAGAAGGUGAUCCAGGCGGGCAUGUUCGAUCAGAAGUCUUCAAGCCACGAGCGCAGGGCGUUCCUGCAGGCCAUCUUGGAGCAUGAGGAGGAGAAUGAGGAAGAAGAUGAAGUACCCGACGAUGAGACUCUGAACCAAAUGAUCGCUCGACGAGAAGAAGAAUUUGAUCUUUUUAUGCGCAUGGACAUGGACCGGCGGAGGGAGGACGCCCGGAACCCAAAGCGCAAGCCGCGCCUCAUGGAGGAAGAUGAGCUGCCCUCCUGGAUUAUUAAAGACGACGCCGAGGUGGAGAGGCUGACGUGUGAGGAAGAGGAGGAGAAGAUAUUCGGCAGGGGGUCUCGCCAGCGCCGGGACGUGGACUACAGCGACGCCCUGACGGAGAAGCAGUGGCUGCGGGCCAUUGAAGACGGCAAUUUGGAAGAAAUGGAAGAGGAAGUACGGCUUAAGAAACGAAAGAGACGAAGAAAUGUGGAUAAAGAUCCCGCAAAAGAAGAUGUGGAAAAAGCUAAGAAGAGACGAGGUCGCCCUCCCGCAGAGAAAUUGUCACCAAACCCCCCCAAACUGACAAAGCAGAUGAAUGCCAUCAUCGAUACUGUGAUCAACUACAAAGACAGGUGUAACGUGGAGAAGGUGCCCAGUAAUUCUCAGUUGGAAAUAGAAGGAAACAGUUCAGGGCGACAGCUCAGUGAAGUCUUCAUUCAGUUACCUUCAAGGAAAGAAUUACCAGAAUACUAUGAAUUAAUUAGGAAGCCGGUGGAUUUCAAAAAAAUCAAGGAAAGGAUUCGUAAUCAUAAGUACCGGAGCCUGGGCGACCUGGAGAAAGAUGUCAUGCUCCUCUGCCACAACGCUCAGACCUUCAACCUGGAGGGGUCCCAGAUCUACGAAGACUCCAUCGUCUUACAGUCAGUGUUUAAGAGCGCUCGGCAGAAAAUUGCCAAAGAGGAGGAGAGCGAGGACGAAAGCAAUGAAGAGGAGGAGGAAGAAGAUGAAGAGGAGUCCGAGUCAGAAGCAAAGUCUGUUAAGGUGAAAAUCAAGCUCAAUAAAAAAGAGGAGAAAGGUCGGGACAAGGGAAAAGGCAAGAAAAGGCCAAAUCGAGGGAAAGCCAAACCUGUGGUGAGCGACUUCGACAGCGACGAAGAGCAGGAUGAGAACGAACAGUCGGAAGCAAGCGGGACUGAUGACGAGUGAUGGAUACGGACCUUGUUCCAACUGAAUUCCUUCCUCCCCUCUCUCACUUCUACCCAGUGAGUUCAUUUGUGGUAUGGGCACUGGGCUGUUUCUAUAUCAUCAUCAUCACCUAUACACUAGCUUUAGGAUAGUGCCAGACAAACAUAUGCUAUCAUGGUGUAAAAAAACACGCACACAAAUAUUUGUAACAUAUUGUGACCAAACGGGCCUCCAAGAUUCAAAGAUUAAAACAAACAAAAUAAAGCUUUUGAUGGAAAAUAUGUGGGCGGACAGUAUAUUUCUAUGGGCGGGUGUAAUUUGGUAAUGGUUUGAUUGGGCCUGGUCUUAUCACCUGCUCCGAUGAGAAGAUUUUUGUCUUUUUGUAGCACUGAUAACCAGGAUAAGCCAUUCAAAGUCACUGGUUAUUUUAUUUUUCAUCAGGCAAUUUUCAAGAUUUUUAUUUGUUUGGUAUUGUGGUUGUUUUUUUUUACACUGUGGUACAUAUCAGCAACUUUAAUAGGUGAUUAAUGUACAGUAGUUAGACUUCACCUGCAUAGAUGUUUUUCCACUUUAUGCUAUAUGACCUGAAAAUAAAACUGCUUUUUGAAUUGUAUAAGAUUUAUGUCUAUUGUAAACAUUGCUUUUUUUUUUUUUUGCUCUUGAUUUAAAAACAGGUUCUGUUGAAAAUGCUAUUGAAUAUUGCAAUCUAUAUAGUGCAUUGGAUGGCUUUUUUUUGUCACCCUAAUCUCCUAUGUUAUCAAUGUGUAUCGUCUCCUUUCUCCCUAAAGUGUACUUAAUCUUUGCUUUCUUUGCACAAUGUCUUUGGUUGCAAGUCAUAAGCCUGAGGCAAAUAAAAUUCCAGUAAUUUCCAAGAAUGUGGUGGUGGUGCUUUCCUAAUAAAGAGACAGUUUAGCUCAACAAA